AUGAUGGUGGACCGUGUGGAAUGCUCGGGCGUCUAUAUUGACGACCGGGUUCGGUCGGAGCGUUGGGUGCGCCGGAAUUCCAUCGCAACGUCGACCGUCUCCGAAGCGUCGUCUUUUACCAUGCCCGAAGAGCCUGAGGCUCUACAGGCCGAUGUAGAACAAUUACUAGAUGUCUGCAAGAAGAUCUACCUUUGCCAGAGCGGAGCUUCCUUUGCGACAAAACUGGCUGAACUCAGCGACCGUUCAGGCAGCGAUUGCACCCCUAUAUUUGCCUUCUUUGGUAUCGAUUUUGGUGGCGACGAAUUAAAUGUCGCCCGGCGAAAGGCUAGUCGGGCCUCCUGGAUGGAUAAUGGGCCGCCGUCGCCCGGUUCAAUUCAACGCACAUUUACCUUUUCCUCCCACAAUGACGAAGCCGCGGGCCUAGGGCUACUCUCUGGUGUUUCGAACGACAUCCAAGUACAGGACGGUCCCAACUUGGUCAUUCCAGUCGCCAUCCUGCGGGAUUCGAGCGCAGAGCCGGAGGCUCCCGCGGAUUUAACGAGCGACCCGCAACCUCGGAAUCCGGUGACAUUGGAACAUAAGCAGAUCGCUCGAUGCCUCGAUGCAGGCGCUAUCGACGUCCUGACCACCCCCUCGAUCGGUCCCGCAUUCAAGGAUUGGUAG